AUGUUGAGCGCCGUGUCGAAGGCAGCCGCUGGGGCCCUCAGGGCCGUCAAACCCACCCUCCUCCAGCAGGAGUCCGCUAAGAUCGCCGGAGUACUCUCCGUCAACAGCCGAGAGUAUGCAGCCAAGCCAGCAGCCGCCGGCAAGGUCGCUCAGGGAAAGGUCGUGGCCGUCAUUGGUGCCGUCGUCGACGUGCAAUUCGAUGACGAACUUCCACCCAUCCUCAAUGCCCUAGAGGUCCAGGACCGCAGCCCCAGGCUGGUCCUGGAGAUUGCCCAGCACUUGGGAGAGAACACUGUCCGUACCAUUGCCAUGGAUGGUACCGAGGGUCUGGUUCGUGGCCAAAAUGUCCUGGACACUGGAUUCCCCAUCCGUAUCCCAGUUGGUGCCGAGACCUUGGGCCGUAUCAUCAAUGUCAUUGGUGAACCAAUCGACGAGCGUGGUCCCAUUCCCACUGACAAGCUCGCUUCCAUCCACGCAGAUGCUCCAGAAUUCGUGGACAUGUCUGUCGAACAGGAGAUUCUGGUCACUGGAAUCAAGGUCGUAGAUCUCCUGGCUCCCUAUGCCAAGGGAGGAAAGAUUGGUCUGUUCGGUGGUGCUGGUGUCGGCAAAACCGUACUUAUCAUGGAGCUGAUCAACAACGUCGCCAAGGCCCAUGGUGGUUACUCAGUAUUUGCCGGUGUCGGAGAGCGAACCCGUGAGGGUAACGAUCUUUACCAGGAAAUGAUUGAGUCCGGUGUCAUCUCGCUCAAGGACAAGACCUCCAAGGUAUCGCUCGUGUACGGUCAGAUGAACGAGCCCCCAGGCGCCCGUGCCCGUGUCGCCUUGACUGGUCUCACUGUCGCCGAGUAUUUCCGUGAUCAGGAGGGUCAGGAUGUGUUGCUCUUCAUUGACAACAUUUUCAGAUUCACCCAGGCUGGUUCUGAGGUAUCCGCCUUGUUGGGUCGUAUUCCAUCUGCUGUAGGUUACCAGCCAACCCUGGCCACUGACAUGGGUACCAUGCAGGAAAGAAUUACGACGACAAAGAAGGGUUCCAUCACUUCGGUACAGGCCAUUUACGUGCCGGCUGAUGACUUGACCGAUCCCGCCCCUGCCACCACCUUUGCUCACUUGGACGCCACCACUGUAUUGUCCCGUGCCAUUGCUGAGCUUGGUAUCUACCCCGCUGUCGAUCCCCUCGACUCGACCUCCCGUAUCAUGGACCCCAACAUUAUCGGUGCUGAGCACUACAACAUUGCCCGUGGUGUACAGAAGAUCUUACAGGACUACAAAUCUCUGCAGGAUAUCAUUGCCAUCUUGGGUAUGGACGAGUUGUCCGAAGAAGACAAACUUACUGUCGCGCGUGCGCGUAAAAUCCAGAGGUUCUUGUCUCAGCCAUUCCAGGUCGCUGAGGUUUUCACUGGUCACCCCGGUAAAUUGGUACCCCUUGCCGAGACCAUCAAGGGAUUCCAGAAGAUCUUGAACGGAGAGUUGGAUCAUUUGCCUGAAGUCGCGUUCUACAUGGUCGGCCCGAUCGAGGAAGUCGCAGCAAAGGCAGAGUCUUUGGCCAAGUCAUAAACUGAAACCUCGUUACUUUAAAGCUUGACAUUGAAUUUUCUUAAUGCCAUUCUUUCAACAAAUCCAUUAUCCGCUCUUGUUGAACAGCAAACUUUAUUGUUGCGGAUGAUUUUAUUUGUUAUCAGAAACAUCAACAUUAUCUUUACUGUUUAAUAAACAAACAAGUCACUAAAAA